CAGGGGUGGACUGACCAUUUGGAAACUCGGGCACUGCCCGAGGGCCCGGGGUCAGUAGGGGGCCCCAUGAGAUGCCCCUGGUACCUUUUUCAUAGGCUUUUUUGAGUUUGGGCAAGGACACAGGGGCCCCAUGAUCCCCUAUUGCCUGGGGGCCCCAUGAGUUGUCAGUCCGCCCCUGCACAGGAGGAGCUUAGAGGAUAAUGUUAUGCACUGACAUUUUAUGUAUAUACAUUUCAUCAAUGAAUCC